UGGGUAGCACAUUCACCACACGGCGCCAUAUUAGAUAGACAUUACAGUGCUGCGGACGAAGGGAAGGAAGGAGAGAGAGAGAGCAGUACUCCAGAUGAGAAGAGGGUGCUCAGGCCGCAGUAGUCGACUCGCUAAACACUCGAGGUAACUGCUUUAUGGUCGACGACAAGUACUAGAGGUAAACAUCUCGGGCAGCGCAGUCCGAGGCGUGUUGUUUUCUCGUCGUUGUUUCGCUGAGUUGCCGGCAGACAGACACACAGACAGUCAUGACUUCCUUGGUUCAGCGGAGCUCGGGCCUUGUGCAGCGGCGGACCGAAGCCUCGCGCAACGCCGCCGACAAGGAGCGUCCGCCGGGCGAGGAGGAGCUCGAGCUGCGGCGGGGAGACGAGCUGGACGAGGAGGACACCGGGGACAGCAAGGAGACACGGCUCACCCUGAUGGAGGAGGUGCUGCUGCUGGGACUCAAGGACCGAGAGGGCUACACCUCGUUCUGGAAUGACUGCAUUUCAUCAGGGUUGCGAGGCUGCAUGCUGAUUGAACUGGCCCUGCGAGGACGUCUUCAGCUGGAGGCUUGUGGCAUGAGGAGGAAAGGUCUGCUGGCCAGGAAGGUGAUAUGUAAGUCAGAUGCUCCAACAGGUGAUGUGCUCCUGGAUGAAGCCCUAAAACACAUCAAAGACACCCAACCACCAGAGACUGUGCAGAGCUGGAUCGAACUGCUCAGUGGAGAGACGUGGAACCCCCUGAAGCUUCAUUAUCAACUGCGAAACGUCCGUGAGCGGCUGGCAAAAAACUUGGUGGAAAAAGGCGUCCUCACUACCGAGAAGCAGAACUUCCUGCUUUUCGACAUGACCACACAUCCUCUGACCAACAACAACAUUAAGCAACGCCUCAUCAAGAAGGUCCAGGAGGCCGUACUGGACAAGUGGGUGAAUGACCCACAGCGAAUGGACAAGCGGCUGCUUGGGCUCAUCUACUUAGCCCAUUCCUCUGAUGUCCUGGAAAAUGCCUUCGCCCCGCUGCUAGACGACCAAUACGACCUGGCCAUGAAGAGAGUGCGGCAGCUGCUCGAACUGGAGCCCGAGGGGGAGAGCAUGAAGGCCAACGCCAACGAGCUGUUAUGGUCCGUGGUGGCAGCCUUCACCAAAUGAGGCUACCACAAAGAGGAUAGCAAGCAGUUGUGGCAUUCAAGUGGCAUUGUACUUUGGGGUAGGAAUCAGAGUACUGACCCCAACAUGGUGACUUGACUGAAUUACAGUUUACCCCUGCCUGGACUUUUGGAAUGGGCUGCCCUCUUUCCUCAUCCCUCUCCCUCCGUCAUUUUCUUUUCCUUCCAGAGAACUAUCCACAUCGAUCCUUCACAGCCCCGUUCCCCCCCUUCCGCUCCAUGUGUCGUUUUUGUUCACUUUUACUAAAAAUAAUAACUCUCAUGGAACUUUGGAUGUGGUUGGUGAUGAUAUGGGUGAGGCCGAAGUCAAGAUGUCGAUUCAUAUCCUUUUUAUUUUCUAUUGGGUCUAUCCUUGGAACUGUUUCUAAAAGGUACGGUAUGUAUGGCACAGGUUACUGAAGGUAGCAUCCUGGCACACCUAAGCAUAAAAUAACCAACCGUGAUGUACAUGUACAGAUCCAUGUACAGGGCAGAGAUGCUGUAUAGGAACGGAAGGUUAGCUGAUAUUCCUGUCAAGUCUUCUACCAACUGUGAUUUGAAGUGUAUGGAUAUGAUGUAUUUGGUGUCACAGCAUUCUAUGACUUUCAAAUCAAGGACUGGGAGAAAACUAACGUUGUCAGAUCUGAAAGUCUGAGUAGACUGAUGCCUCUUAAUCCAUCCAUUAUAUAUACAGUACACCUGCUCAUCCUGUGCAGGGACGCAGGGGGCUGGAGUCUGUCCCAGUUCACACUGGUCAACCCUGGACAUGUCAGCAGUAUAUCGUAGGGCUGACCGUUCACACCUGCAGGUAAUUCAGAGUUUCCAGUUCACUUGACCUGCUGCAUGUCUUUGGACUGUGGGGGUAAAGCCCAUGCAGGCACUUGGAGAAAACCCUAACUCCGCACAACUGCCUGCUGGAUUCGUACUGAAGACGCUCUCGGUAUGAGGCCACCACGCUAACCACCGAGCCACCGUGCCGCCCUACAUUCCAUCCCUUCUGGCCUAAAGUUGUGUGGAAGAUCAUUCGUUCGUCAACAGGGCAAUAAGCCUACGCAUGCAUGGACACAUGCAGUCCCGGGAACAUGGAGUGCCGACUUGUGUGACUUAUCAGUUACCUAGACAUCAGUCACAUUAAAUAUUUUGGGGAAAAAACUUUUUAAAAUGAAAAGACAAAAUCUGGAGAACAUCAUUAGACAGUCUCGUUUAGGGCAUUGGGUAAAAAUAGUGCUGGAAUAAUACAAAUUUUUAAGUUCUGAAAACAUGUAGAAUCGAUGGGGCUAUGAUGGCAACGUAUGGUGAUGGAAGGAAAAAUAAAAAUAUUAAUGAACCUUUCUGUCAUAUUUAAGUGAAUAUAGGUUGUACUGUAUUUAAUAUCCUCUGGCCAGUAGUUUGUUUGUUUUUUAAUUGAGAAUAAAACAUGACUUUUAGUGGAGGACUCGGAUUGUAUCUCCUCUAGAUGCACUGUCAAAAUGUAUGCAUGUCAUAUAUAAACAAAAUUACAUUCAGGUUUCCACCAUGUAAUAUCUGAAUGGUAACAGUUGAAAGCAAACACAUCUUUGUCCGGGUUCAAUGUCAUCUGCUUGAUAAAACAAAUGGGUUUUAAAAAUGUAAUUUCUGGGAUUUGAUGGUAUCAGCUAUCACAGCUUUAACUGUGUUAGCUGAUACUGAAUGGGGUAAAAAAAAAAAAAAAAAACUCUUUGCAUUGGUGGCUGUUGAAGAUCAAAUUGAAAAAGUUUAGUGGCAGAAAGAAACUCAGGAAAGCAUACCCAGUCAAUGUCUGCUGCCUUUGUUAGCAAAAUUCAAAUAGACAUAUAUUUCACUUAUUAGUGAAUUUAAAUAUAAUCACAAAUUAAGUAAUCGACAGGUCUUAUUGCAGAAUAAAUGCAUUUAUGAUGAUCUUCUCCUCAGCUUUUGGGUUUGCGUAUGCUACCUGGACUUGAUUUUUUAGAAACAAAACGCCGGCUUCAAGCCAUUUUGUGAAAAAAUAUGCUUAUGAAUGUGAAGAUAAAUAUGAAUUUCAGCUCUCCUCCAGUACAGAAAGAGGUUCAGGACAUGUUAACUCACAUUAAAACAGACUGGAUCACACAUAUACUGCCACCAUAGCUCCCUCAAACAUGAAAAUUAAGUCUUGCAUUUUCCAAAACUGUCUCAAUUACGUGAUUUGAUAUAAAAUAUUGGCUAUAUUUAAACAUACAGGAACAUAAAAUGACAUGUUUUUAGGGAACUAUUUCUUAACCAACACCCGCUGUGUGCAGUGAACACAGCCUCCCAAAAGUUGUGUCCUCAUUGUGGAGGUUAGCAUCCUGUCUACCACUGUCAACAAACUAAUCCUUGAGUCAACUGGUUGACUAGCUAGCACACAGUAUAUAUAAUAUGUAAAUCAGAGAGCUUCAGAGUUGUUGAAAGGUGUAUUUUUUCAAUUAAAGGGGACAUAUCAGGAAAAACUCACCUUGUCAGUGCUUGUGCACAUCCAUUUGGGUAUCUGGAGUGUCUACCAACCCACAAACUGUGAAAUAUACCGCCCCCCGUCCGAGUAUCUCCACCCACAGCUUGAGAACUACCUUUGCAAAGGUGCACCAUAUUUAUCUUGCAAGCCAAUCAGAGCAGACUGGCCUUUUCAGGAUGGGGGUGGGCUUAAAGAGACACUAAAAUGGUUUCAGACAGAGGGUGAAUACAGGUACAUUCAGACUGACGGUAUGAGAAAGAUAAAGUGUUUUUUGAACGUUAAAGAAUGUAAACAUGUUCUAGUGGAAACCCAAAUAUACAGGUAUGAACCUGAAAAUGAGCACGAUAUGUCCCCUUUAAUGGAGCUAGGCUAGCAGUUUCCCCCUGCUUCCAGUCUGUGUUAAGUUUGGCUAAACAUAUUCUAGACCUAUCAAGCUCUUGGAUGCACAGAUCUGAAAUAGAUAUUUGGAUCUUCUCAUGUACUGUAAGCGCGGGCUUGGUUGGAAAAACAAGUGCAUUUGCUAAACUGCCAGCGAUGCUUAAAUGUGUGCAGACAGUCUUACUUUGCAGUUAAACUUGUGAAUGCUCUCAAAAUAAAUCCAUUGUAUUUACUAAACUUCAAAAAAAUGAUGGAAUGACGGAUUAUCUAACACUGCUCACCAAAGUCUAAUCAGAAGAAUCAAAAGAUGGGCACACAUUCCAGAUGUUGAUGUAUAUACUUGUGUGUUUGUAUCGGGGCACAAACUCAAAAGGACAUGUUGUCACAUGUUGCACUGUCAGCUUUCCAAAGUCUAUCAUGGUUCAGCUGGUCGGACAUUGUGCUCUAAAAGAUUCAUCGACGCCUUUUUCACCACGAACCAUACCUUGCUCUUAAUUUCAUAUUGCCUCAAUUUUAUGACUUUUAUUUUCUGCAUCUGUUUUUUUGACUGUUCUCUGUUUUAACACAACUUUUUGCUACUCAACCUCAUGGAUCUUGUGAAAGACAUUGCUUUAUUACAGAUAAGCCUCCCUUCUGAUAUUGUAUGUAGCAAACGGCUGGGAGCGAUCAGUCAGUGAUCGUGUGGGAGAAGAGAAGAGGUGACCGAGAGGUUUAUGCAUCAGAAAAUCACCUCAAAUUGUGGAGUGAAUAUGAGAGAUUAUAUAUGUUAUCUAAAUAAAGGGACCUCUAGUCUGUGUACUUUCUUUGACCCUAGAAAAUAAAACCCAGAGCUUGGAAGUGCCUAAUUAUA